AUGGUUACCAAAGGCAAUCUUUCCGCUGUGCUUCGUAAAGUUGACGAUCUUAGCUUGGUAAGAAAGUAUGCUAUUAUAAUUCCUCUGGAAUUCUAAAUCUAAGAUCUCGAAACAAAUUAUUCGUUCUCCUUUCACAGGAAGAACGCCCUAUCCCUCAACCUGGCAAGGGCGGUAGGUGUCUCUAAACUUUUCACUUUGUCUCCUCGAUUUUUCCUCUCUUGAAGCAAUUUCUUGCGUGACACAACGCACUCGCAGCUGCUUAUUGAUUUUCCUCUUGAAUUACCUUAACAUUCUCUCCAUAAUUACAUUAUUAUUGGAAUAUAACGCUGGAUGAUCUACCAAAAAUAACCAAUACGAGGAUCAGUCAUGUGACGUUUGAGUCACGCAAAAACAGGCAAAACAACUCGAACAUUUAAGACGACAAGGCGAGGUUAGAUUUGUCCAUGAUAUUCUCUUCAACUGGUCUCGUAGUUUAAAAUACAUUUUUCAAAUUAUACUUCAGUGCUUAAAAUUGAUUUUUUUCCGCAAAUUACAUGUUAGAAAUUUUGAAAUACUUUUUUUGGACAAACUAUAGAGGUGCAAAUUCAGAUGCAUGCAGUUGGGAUCUGUGGUUCAGAUGUGCAUUACUGGAAGAAGGGAAGAAUUGGAGAUUUUAUCCUCACAGCACCCAUGGUCCUUGGACAUGAAUCAAGUGGAGUGGUAUCUGCUGUUGGUGAAGGGGUGACACAUCUUAAAGUUGGUUAGUGUGAUGAGUUCUCCAAGGGACAAGAUAGUUGAGAAGUUUUAUUCUAAGUACAGUGCAGCCAAUUCAGUCUGUGUCAUCAAGUAUCAGCCCCAUUUGGUUAUGUUUUUUAAAAGAGUUUCUUAUUAGCAUAUAGAUGCUUGAUAUGUCAGUACCUACGCAGAAUAAUUUAAUUUUGUUGCAUCGCUGUAUUAGGUGAUAGAGUAGCUAUUGAACCUGGUGCUGGUUGUCGUCAGUGCUCAUUCUGUAAGGAAGGACGGUACAAUUUAUGUCCAGACAUGAAAUUUGCAGCAACUCCUCCCAUUGAUGGCUCACUCUGUAGAUAUUAUGUUCAUGCUGCUGACUUUUGUUUCAAGUAAGUUCAUUUGGUGCAGACAUGUUGCAAAUGAAAAAAAUGUGUGUGUGUAUUCAAGACUAAAGUGCAAAGCAGCUACAGCUUUGUCAUAGUUACAAUGGCAUGGCUGGGGGAACAAGGUUUAUUACCAUUUCUUCUGAAUGGAAGUCAACACACUGAAGUUAACACCUAGCGUUUUUUCAAAUUGUUUUCUGAUGGUUCAGUAAUACCCAUUUUUACUCCUUAGAGAUAUUGAGAGUGGUGUACCCUGCAAGAGACCAGAACAUUAUUACCUUAGCUAUUACUGUAACCGAGACUUGUCAAUCCUAAGUUUAGUGCACUUACAAUUUAGUCUUGGUGUUUCCCAUUUCUUAGCAACAUUCUAGAUAUAUCAAGUCCAAGGGGCCAGUACAGUUUUUUUUUGUUUUUUUCAGAAUAUAUUUUGACAAAAAUAUUUUACUCCCAAAAUCUAAAUUUCUUAUAAUUCUAGAUCUCAAAAUUAGGAAACCUUAGGAGGAUGCUUAACCCUUUCACUCCCACAAGUGACCAAGACAGAAUUUCUCCUUACAAUAUCAAUACAAUAUCAAGCAGGCAGGUGAUGAGAAUAGAGAAGAAUAUCAAUUACGUGAUUAUUAGUUGAUCCAAUACCAAAUUCCUCAGAACUAACAUCAUAAGAAUUGUAUGGCAGAUAGUAAGGAGAAUUACUAAAUAGAUCUUGGGAGUGAAAGGCUUAAUGCACAAAUCGAGUAUCAACAUGAUGUCUUAUAUUUACUAAUGUUCAUCAAAAUUAAGAAGAAGUAGAUCUAGUCAAAGUAAAUCUUUGAUUACUAUCAGUAAUGAGUUAUUAUUAUCCAACUGUUUUGGAUGAUAAACAGCCCACCGGGUUUAUCAAAAUACGGCACAACUUGUAAAAAUACUCAGCAAUACUACACACCAAAAUGUAUAUUUAGAUAUAUAUAUAUGUUAAUUAAAAUCGAACAAACUAUGGAAAAGUUUCUAUUGAGUAUAAUGGAGCAGAAGUAUCAAAUAAUUUACCAAUUGAUUUAAAGGAAUCAACAUUUUAUCACAAAUUCAAUAAAACUUUAAAAACCUGUAUUCAGCAUAAAUUAUCAAAAAUGGGAUCCAGAAAUUAAUUAAUAAAGAUAAAAAUAAAAAUAAUUCAUUUAUUAAUUAAUAAAGAUAUGUUUAAUAACCAUUGAUUUUUCUUUUUGCAUAUAAUUGUAUUACUUUAAAAUUAUUUAUAUUCUAUCUGGAUGUCUGAUGUCAUAUAAAUUUUGAAUUAUGCUAUAGAAAGGGAGAUCUUUGUGAUAGCUCUAGUGAGCUUGCCUAAGUUCUCCUGGCUUUGUUAUGUUAGAAUAAUUAACAACAUGAUGUCUUAUACUGUGAUGGGCAAAUAAAAUAUGCACCACUGCAAAAACUACAUUUCAGUGAUGUUAUUGUGACAGUUGUGAAAUUUGUCCAUUUAGACUACCAGACCAUGUUUCAUUUGAGGAAGGAGCUCUUCUAGAGCCUCUGUCUGUUGCUGUACAUGCAUGUCGCAGAGCAGGUAUCUCCAUUGGAAGCAAUGUACUUGUUUGUGGAGCAGGUGAGAAAAUUAUAAACUAGUAUGUUGUGAAAGUAGUGUGAACAUCAUAAAUUGACCUUCUUAUCAUAGAUUUUAGUACCGGUAGUCCUUUAUUUGAAGUAUUGUACUGUGGAACAUCAUAUAGAAAAAUAAAGGAUGGGUUCAUGUGAAUCAUGUCAAUGUUUGAAUGAAUUUAAGCCAAAUAUUUCCUUUUUGGAGUUAACGGUAAUGUAUCCAGUAUGAUAAGGAAAUACAGGUAUUUAUCAAACUAAAAACUGGUCUAAAAUUAUUUUUGACCAUUUUGAUUUCAUUAUUGUUAUCAUUACAGGUCCCAUUGGUUUAGUUAAUCUCAUGACUGCUAAAGCAUGUGGUGCUAGUAAAGUGGCUAUCACAGGUGUGCUCUGUUCUUAGAUAUUUAUAAUGCUCUUUAAGUAAUGUUUAAAAACUAUCACCAGGUGUGGUUUUUGACACUGUUUUUAACGGCUAUUCUUGGAAAGAGUUCAUAAUUAUGCUUUUGUGAACGUUUAACCGUGCAGUGUCUUUAUAUCUGAUAAAACACCAUUCAAAAAGGAUGAGGUUUAUCGAAGUUUAUGUAUUAUCUAAUUUGAUAGGUUAAUGGGAAUUAAUUAUUGAUGAACCCUCUAUAAUCAAUUCAAAAUCAAGUUUACAAAUGAUGAGAACAAAGAAUUACUUUGAUGAUUAUCAGUUGAUCCAAUACUAAGUUCUCUGAAUUGAAAUCAUUUGAAUUGUGCUACAGAAAAUAAGGAGAAUUACCAUUGAGAUCUUGAGAGUGAAAGGGUUAUAACUUUAAUUUAUUUCCACCAGUAAGAAAUUCUCAAGUAUGAAAUUAUCACACUAGCCAUAUUGCAAGAUUUGAAAGAGUAACCAAACAAAAAUUGUUCAAACUUAAAGGUGAUUUCUUCCUAAGGGAGCAAGGUUUAAUCUCUUUGCACUUUGUUAUAGUCUAAAGCUGUUAUUAUGCUAUGAUAACUGCAUAAAGUUAUUAAACCUGCCCGACUAUUUUCCUUUUGGAACCCUCCCUUUUUAAGACUUGGUGAAACUACUACUGAGCUACUAACUGUCUUUUUACAACUUGUACUCAGUCAAUGGGACAGUGUAAAGUUAUUUAAAAUUAGAGAAACACAGUAGGUUGAAGGCAUCAAUUACCUCAGUAAGAAAACGUCAAUGGUUCUCCUUUCCUAAUGUAACAUUUCAGAUUUCAUUAGUUAUCUUUCUGACAAACAAAGAUGUAGAAUACAGGUAUUUAAAUAUGAACUGAAUAUCAUAUUGCUUGUGUUGCAUAUAGAUAUUGAUGAGGGUCGACUGAACAAAGCCAAAGAACUUGGUGCUGACUAUAUCUUCAAAAUAGACCCCAGCAAAGACAGCCGUGAUAUAGCCAAGGAAAUUGAAAACAGCCUGGGUGCUGCAGAUCAAACCAUUGAAUGUACUGGAGCUGAGUCAAGCUUCCAUACAGCAAUUUAUGUAUGUUUUAUUCAACACCUGAACUGGGAUACUUUGAUAAUGUAGAAAGUGCAGGUUGGGUAGUUUCAGAACUGGACAAGUUGAAAGGUUUAUAACAGUAGUUUUAGUCCUUGUCCUUAUCCUGUUAACCCUUUACACCCUUACAUUAGUAAUCAUUUUCUCCCUACUGUUGUCUUUACUUUUCCCAUAGUGCAGAUGAGGAGAAUUUGUCUGACAAUCAGGAGCUUCUAUAAUUGGUGAUCAUUUCCUUUAUUCUCACAACCUUUAUAGUUGAUUUAAAGUUGAUACUGUAAGGAGACAUUAGAAACCAGUCACUCUUAAAUGUUUAAGGGUUAAUCUUCCCUAUUUCUUUUAAAUGCCCUCUGUCAUACCCUUGUGUGUGUAUGUGGUUGUAUCUGCAUUACAAUCUUUUGCCCCAGUCCAGUCCCAUUUCCAUUCCCAAACCAAUGCAGUUUCCUACCGGUCCAUCUCCACAUUUAUCUCCAUGUCCAAUUUUUAUGCCAGCCUUAAGCAUGCCAUCAUGUUUUCUGCGUUAAUAUAAUGAGUUACCACCCUGUGAGCACAAAUGCAAUUUAAAUUUUUAAUCUACAGGCAACAAAGUCAGGAGGAACACUUGUGGUUGUUGGAAUGGGAAAGCCAGUUGUUCAAUUUCCUAUUGUUGAUGCAUUGGUUAGAGAAGUGGAUAUAAGGGGAAUAUUCAGAUACACUAACUGGUUUGUUAAAAAAAAAAAAAGAGAUUUAAAUGAUACAUUCCUCUCACUUUCUCUUCCCUCACUAAAAGUUCUCUUCACUCACCCACUCUUUCAAACUGAACCUUCAUGCUAUGCUCACCCUACCCCACCCUUCCACUGAUCACUUCUUGUCUUCCCUUCCUACCCUCCCUUGGUUUUGUUUGUAUCUACUUGUCUACCCUCCUUGCAAUUGCCCCCACUAUUUCCAUUUCGUUUCUCCUCCUCUUUUUAAUCUUCACAACCAACUUUUUCUCCCUUUUUGUUCCACUACAUACUAUAUCAUUUGGAUAUAACACACCACCUAUACAUUCUCUUUAGUUAGCUUCUGAUCUUUUCUUAACUAUUAUAAUUGCAUUUUAUUUAAUUAUUUUAUAAAACAGUUAUCCUGCUGCCCUUGCAUUGGUUGCUUCUGGGAAAGUAGAUGCCAAACCACUGAUAACACAUCACUUCAAACUGGAGCAAUCACUUGAUGCUUUUGAGACUUCAAGAACUGGAGCUGGAGGAGCUAUAAAAGUUAUGAUUCACUGCAAUGAGGGAUAUCAGAUUUAAUGAAGAAACCUAAUAUAUGCCAAACUGUUGUCUCAAAUAUGCAUAAAGGUUGUUUUCUUGAUCUAACACCAACUUCUUGCAACUAAUUUAUAUGGAGAUGUGUAGCCUCUAGAGGGGAGAAUUAACAGUCAGAUCUUGGGAGUUGGAGGGGAAAACAUUGGAAAACUCAUGCAGAAAGUACAAUAGUGAGUUUUAAGAAAAUGCAUCCAGGGGCUUAGCCAGCUUUUUGACUUGUUGUAAGCCUGUUCUGAAAGAAAGCUUAAUUUUUGUUUCAACUUUUAUCAUAUUAUAAGUUAAUAUUAUAAAAGUCAAGCAGGGGCUACAGGCCUACAGGCUGACUAUGCCACUGACAUCUUUAUGCUUAAUAUAUCAUCGGCACAAGUGGUAACUAAAGUGUGGAUAUUUUUAAUUUCAAGAAAGUAGUACUGACUUGAUUGAUUCAGGGGUCCAAGUUUUAGUUUAUCAUAGUCUUACAGGUUAAGUAAGCUUAUUUAAAACAAAAUAUAGUGAAUUGAAAUUAAUAGAAUAAAAAGCUACCACUGAUAAAAAUUUCGAAAAACAUCACCCUGUGCAACAUUUGAACUUUAAGGAGAAAUGUGGCAAUAAAAAAAAUAUUAGCAACACGAGAGAAAAUAAAAGCCUGCAUGUAUUUUUCUUUUUGUCAG